UCAAACCCGGGGACGUCGGUCUCCACGCAGUGAACGAGAGACAGAGAAAGAGAGCAGUCCUGGCCCUUGGUAGACUAGACCUCUUCUAACUGUGCGUCCUUCGUCUACUAGCCUACUGCACAAUAAAUAACUCUAGACUCAGGGACAAAGAGGACAUAGCUACUGACCGGUCUACUGCUGCAUGGAGGCAUCUGGGCAGUGCGUGCAGGAAUACAGCUCCAGCUCAAUCGGACCUCUCAAAUGUUCUAGGACGAAUAGAGAAGAGGAGAGGGGGAGCGCAGCGGAUGAAAGGAAAUAUUUACUACGUUGACUCACCGCAGUUUCUCCGCUCUGGGGAAGAGAGGAGAAUGGAGGAAUGAGGAGAAGAGACAGUUAAUGUGUGUUAUGUCAGGGGUGCUGCUGAUGGAGUUCUAAAUGAUGGAUACGUGUUGUCAUCUCUUCUAUGAAAUACAGCGACGGGUAGAGAGAGAGAGCUUUGCUGGGUGAUAAUAUUCAUCUGACAAAGACAUCUGCCGUUAGGCUACCCUUCUGACCGCAAUAAUAGCCCAGGCUGCAAAGAGACCUCGGCAUAGGCUACCUGAUCUAACGAGGAACCGAGUCGGUGUGACAUUAGGGACAAAGACGAGAAGAAGGAACUUCCCCGGUUUCUCAGCUACAGGUCAACAACGGAUCACAUCGGCUUUCAUCCCUCCCUGAACCACUCAAAACCGGAAUUAAGAUUCAACGGCUGUUGACACGCGCGCUUUGCGGACGGUUCAACCAAAGACAGGGUCUAAACGAGGAUCUGAAGACAUACUGGACAGAGGGACAUGUAUCUAACAUCGACCUCACAUGCACCCGACUAACAAACACACGAGCCACAGAAGAAAGCGAUAGAUAGCGGCUGCUCCCCUGCCACGCGCACGGCCGGUCAGACUCUCUCCUCCGCUCGCUCUAUCUCCCGGUUGUGAGAAUGACUGGGGUCGCGUGCUUGAAGUGUUACCUCUGGAUCGUUAUCUUCGUAUUUAGGUCGACGUUACCUUCUGACGCCAAAUUACUGGAAACUAUAAUGUGGAGCACUCAGAAUGCCAAGUUCCUGUCAGGUAGAGGAGUGGUCAUCUACCCAGAUAUCGGGGACAAGCUGGACAUUAUCUGUCCCAAGGCUGAGUCAGGACGAGACUAUGAGUUCUAUAAGCUGUACCUGGUCAGGAGGGAGCAGGCGGAGGGGUGCAGCACGGUCAUGGACCCCAACGUACUGGUCAACUGUAACAAGCCAGAGAAGGACAUCAAGUUCACCAUCAAGUUCCAGGAGUUUAGUCCCAACUAUAUGGGCCUGGAGUUUAAGAACAAUAUGAAUUACUACAUCACAUCCACGUCCAAUGGUUCAGUCGAAGGUCUGGAGAACAGAGAGGGAGGAGUCUGUAAGACCAGGGCCAUGAAAGUUGUCAUGAAGGUGGGACAAGACCCCAACACUGUUCUACCAGACCCUGUAUUACCAGAGGAACCAGAGAGAGAGAAUGACAACAGUCUGGGAGGAGACUUCAGUCCUAGCCCUGAGGACAACCUGCUGCCUGGGGCAGGAGAGCCAGGCAACACUGACUCUAUAAACCAGGACAACAGGUCAGGAGGCUCCAGCAGCAGUGACGGCAUCCUGGGGUCAAAGGUCGCUGUGUUCUCAGCCAUCGGAGCCGGCUGCAUCAUCUUCCUCCUCCUCAUCCUCUUCCUCAUCAUCCUGCUCAUCAAGAUGAGGAAGAGAUCCCGGAAGCACUCUCACGCUCAGCCCCACCCUUCCGCCCUGUCACUCAGCACACUGUCCAAUCAGAACAAGCUGCCUGGCAGCGGGGGCACAGCCGGAACGGAACCCAGUGACAUCAUCAUCCCGCUGAGGACAGAGAAUAACUACUGCCCUCACUACGAGAAAGUGAGCGGUGACUACGGACAUCCUGUUUAUAUCGUACAGGAGAUGCCUCCGCAGAGCCCAGCAAACAUUUAUUAUAAAGUCUGAGAGAGGAGAGGAGAGAACAUUUAUUACCAGGUCUGAGAGAGGAGGAGAGAACAUUUAUUACCAGGUCUGAGAGAGGAGGAGAGGAGAGAACAUUUAUUACCAGGUCUGAGAGAGGAGGAGAGGAGAGAACAUUUAUUACCAGGUCUGAGAGAGGAGGAGAGGAGAGAACAUUUAUUACCAGGUCUGAGAGAGGAGGAGAGGAGAGAACAUUUAUUACCAGGUCUGAGAGAGGAGGAGAGGAGAGAACAUUUAUUACCAGGUCUGAGAGAGGAGGAGAGGAGAGAACAUUUAUUACCAGGUCUGAGAGAGGAGGAGAGGAGAGAACAUUUAUUACCAGGUCUGAGAGAGGAGGAGAGGAGAGAACAUUUAUUACCAGGUCUGAGAGAGGAGGAGAGGAGAGAACAUUUAUUACCAGGUCUGAGAGAGGAGGAGAG